CGUGUAAUGAAAUUGACCUGAUAGUCACGGUCUAGCCUGCCCGCAGGAUAAAUCAAAUGUACACACCACGACGAAGGGUUUGUUUUGUUGUAAUGUUAGUCAACCGAAUGAAUAGAUCAUAAGCAGCAAGUGGAAUAGUGAGUACUUUUCCAAAUGCAACGGUACAUAGGUAGCCAGGCAGAUGAAUGAUGAAAUAUUCUUACUUAUUUUGUAAUGUGUCACAAAACAGACUGGUAGCAAAGUGUUGUCACUUGCCUGUUUUGUCGUUGUUCGUGUGACAUCUAGCUAAGGUUAGCUAGCUAGCGCAAGACUGCUGCAUCUAGCCACCAAACGUGAUAGUUUGCCAAGUAACUGCAAUCUAUGCUAGUUCAAAGUUGCUGACUAUAAAGCUAACUAGCUGGCUAUAAUAUGCAUUUUGUUGUCCUGGUUAUCAUAAAUCUUAUUUUUGUUCACCAUUGCUAUAGCUAGCUAACUAACGUUAGAUCUCUAAUAAUUGUAACGAAUGUUGUUUGCUGGUAGCUGUUAAAGGGGGCUAGAAACUAGAAAGGAGAACUCACCAACAAUCUGUCUGCUCUGCUCCUCUAUGUCACUUCAUAAAAAAUACCCUUUUAUUAGUUGAAUCAGGUGUGUUGUUGUAGUGCUGGUUUGGAACAAACGCCUGCACACUUUAGUUAUGUGGUCACCAGGUACUGUAAUGUCAGUUAUGAAUCCGCUGAUGGCUCACAUGUUUUUUUCCUAAUCAUUUGGCCUAACCUAAUCACUUCUCUAUCAGGCUACAGUACGGUGUGAGGACACACGAGGGUUUGUCAACAGUAUUGCUGUCCUGUAUUGAAUAGGUAUUUCAAUCAGGAUUAGGCUACCACUUGGAUAAGGUAAGGGGCUUGGUACAGCUGUGGCUACCUGUACAGUCCUGUAGGAUUUAUGUGGUUUGUCUCCUUUGUAAAUUGAACCUAGGCCAUGCUAUAGUGUAGGGUGGUCAAGACCACCCUUCUCCUUUACUCACUUGACUAUCAUUUAUUUUAGCCCUUGCCAACAUGUCCAAGCAUUGAAAGUUACUGUUCCCAGUGUGAGAGAGCGUCCCCAACCACUAACACCCCCAUGUGUAUAAUCUUCUUCAAGUUUGACCCUCGACCUGCAUCCAAAAAUGCCUACAGGCUAAUUUUGGCUGCAAACAGAGAUGAGUUUUACAACAGGCCAACCAAAGCUGCAGACUUUUGGGUGAGCAACAGCGAAAUCCUCAGCGGGCUAGACCUGGAGGAGGGGAAGGAAGGCGGGUCAUGGCUGGGGAUCAACAAGAGGGGCAAGCUGGCCGCACUGACCAAUUACCUGGAGGGAAGGCCCAAUCCAGACGCACAAGGAAGAGGGUUCUUGGUGUCUAACUUCCUGACAGAUCAUAGCCAGGACAGCUAUUCCUACCUGAAGAGGGUGUCAUCUGAGAGACAUCUCUACAAUGGCUUCAACCUCCUCACAGCUGAGUUUAAGGCCAAAGAAGACACUAUGUGUUACUAUGGAAACAGAGGCAACACCGAACCCAUCCAUCUAAAUCCAGGAAUCUAUGGUUUGAGUAACUCCCUGUUGGAGACCCCAUGGAGGAAGCUGCAGCAUGGGAAGAGACUGUUCACCAGUGUAGUGAACCAACCCUUGCCCUGUGAGGUUCUGGUCCAGGACCUGCUCAACAUCCUCAACAACGAGGAGCUGAACACUCCUGACCCGGCUCAGGAGAGCCAGGGUGAAGGUUACAGCAGCCCCAUGCUGCGGGUCCUGUCCUCCGUGUGUGUUCGAUCCCCGCAUUAUGGCACAAGGACCAAUACCAUUAUCCUCAUAGACUCAUCAGGGAACGUGACCUUCACAGAGCGCACCAUGCUCAACUGUGACAUCAGCCAAUGGAGCACAAGCUCUUUCCAGUUCAAACUCAAGGACUGAUGGCUUUGUGGGAAUUACACUGUGCCUUUCUGCAUCCCUCCUCCUAUCCAUCCUCCCACAGCAAGUUCUGGCUACACCGUAGUGGAAUGAACAUUUUCCUUUUUCCAUUUAAAAUGGUGGUGGGAGAGCUUGAAAUUAUGGCACUUGUUUGGAAAGAGUUUGAUUUGCAUUUGUCAAGUAAUUGCCUUUGGGAAAUAUAUUUUAGCUUGGCUUAGACAUAUAAAUGUGGGAAUUUAUCUAAUCAUAUAUUAUGGGUGUUAUUUAAUCUUAAAUUAUAUCAAAGAACUUACUGUUGUCAUUAAAAUAUUUUGAAUUGUGUGCUUAAAAAGUGGUUUUAUUGCCAAAGAACAAAUGUUAUUUAACAAACUAAAAGACAUUUUUUACAUUUCACAUUGCAUCUAUUUACUCAGCACUCGAUUGCUGAGAAAGACGAGAACUAAAAGGUUGAAAAGUCAUUUCUGGCUUCGUGCCUCAGACUGCCAUCUUCUAGGUGAGUUGGUUUGCAUCUCAAGAGUGUAAAAUGGUAACACUCAUAGAAGCAGCACCAGCCAUCACCUAUGUAUAAAAAGCUGUACAAAUAAUGACAGGUUUGAUUUCCUAAAUGUUAAUCUCAGGUGUUAUACCUUUCCUGUGACAUAAUUAUGAAGGCGUAUUACGACAGCCUGCCUUGUACUAUAAUAAUUAUCAUUGCACUGGAUUUUGACUUUGUGACCCAGGUUUGCUAGUUACAAGUAAAACACAGAGGAAAGGACUUGAAAUGUUUUUUUCUACAUUUUAAGCAGUGUUUUUCUUUUUAUAUUUUCUGCCUUGUUCCACAUACUGCAUAGGAGAACAGGUUGCCUUGCUGUGAAAUAACUGAAAUAAUUCAUUUUGUCACUCACACCUUCAGUGUUCUGUGGUUCUUACCCACUUUUUCUCUAUGUGUAACAGUCCGUUACUCUCACACAUUGUAAUGACAGUUUCAAGUUUUGUGUGUUGAUGUGUAGCAUCGAGGAUCCCAGUGGCUUUUUGUAACUGACCUCAGGUAUCCAUAGAAGUAUAGAAACCCCUGUUUACCAUGUCACUGUUGUCUUGAAAUCAUUUGUGAAUAAAGUACUUUUUCAUCUGUA